UUUUUAGGUUGGAUAUUUAUUUUUAAAUCUCAACAUUAUCAACCCUGCCUUUUAAGUCGUGUGAUGACAACUGCGCUAUCUCUAUAACAACGGGGCAAACUCUGCUGAUGAAGACUCCAUACAAUAGUAGGAAAUGGACGCUGAGUUUUUCAUGAAUUAUUUAUUUUGACCAGACUGUGUAUGGACUCAUCUUGACCUACAGACUCAACUUUGGCCUCGGUGCCAGUGUGCAGCAACAUUUUACGCAACGCAUUAUCCUUUGAUACAGACCACCUGUUAUGAUGCCACCGCAUUCCAUAUUGUCUCCCAUUUCACUCCUUUGCACAGUGAAAUGGGAGACGAGAUACCCUGGCCAGCCACUUUGUUAAGUAGGCAUGACCGUUGGACUGUCUGUCUUCUGAUUGUGCCCCUGAGGAAGGGUGCGUUAGAUGCUUUUAGAUGGUCCAACAACUUGGUUUGAAACAUGCUAAGACCUUUAAUCGCUGAUAUGUGUAAUGCAUUAUCCACUCUUUUGCUCAGGUCCAGAGAUCACAGACGAGCUGGUCAAGGUGCUGCGUAAGCGCCUGGAUGAGACCACGUUGGAUAUCAUCACUGUCAUGCUCGUCAGAAACUGCAAGCUGACACCGGCCGACGUGGAGUUCAUCCAGCCUUCAGGAUCUCCAGCCACUGAGGUGAUGACCUUCGGCCUCCCCCGGUACUGCCUCCCCUGGCUGCCCGCUGUGGCUCACUACCUCAGGCAGAACCUCCUCAUCUUCCUGCAUGUACCAAAGUACACUGACAGCAACACGGCACACCACUUCAAGACUGGAAAUAAUAAAAAAAAAUAUGCAAGUAAAUUGUUCACCGCAGGAAGAGAGCACUACUUUCAUUUGAGAAGUGACUUGGCUGACGGUGAUAUCUACCUCUACAAUAAACCUGGAGGCCAGGGGACGGGAGGCAAAGGUAUCGCCUGCAUCGCCCUCUCAUGCGUGGACGUCCACGGCCGUUCCCUCCAGGUUCCGGUCCAGGACUGUGCUGCACUACAGAGGUCAGAGAACUGCACCACCCCCCUUCAUCCAGACCAUUUCGAUGAGCUGACCACUGUGGGUAAAGUGGAGUCCAUGGACAUCAGCUCAGAGCCACAGCUGUAUGUGCGGUUUGACAUCUGGGAGCAAGGCAACGUCAGCCCCUUGCAGCUGAGCGAUAAACUGCAGGGGGCGCUGCGCCACGCUCUCUGCGACGUCAUCAUGGAGCUGAGAGUCUUGCCGAAGUCUCUGUGCGUGGCGGCGCUCUGCCCGGCGAGCAAAGCUCAGAGACAAGAGGCCAAAUUGUUGUCUUCAGGACUGGCGACUCCUCAGCCUGAGGUGAAAGAAGUGAAGGAUGGCCCCAGGCAGCGCAGUGGCUCGCGGGUAUUUAAGACCAGCCCCUCUCCCAUCAACUUAACCCAGGCUGUAGGGAGCCCCCCCGUGACGGGGACCAGCACGCCCGAGUCCACCACGCCCACCAGCAAGAGCACCCGCCGCAGCUUCUGGGACAUACUGGUCAGUGCCUCCAGAGGUUGAAGGAUUUCAUCUGUGUGUAGCCAAAUUACGGGCUACAUUAGCAUUCAUCACAAUGCUCAUGGGCAUCUUAUUGUAACGGGGUGUAUACCUCUGUUAAUAUUAUAUAGUUGUACUGGGGUUUAUGUUUUUGCAUUUGCUGACUGUAAUAAUUAGCUGAAACCACCUACUGGCUGAUGUUGUUAUCACCGCCACGAGGA